AUGGCAGGAAACGACUCACCCAGGGCGGUCACCCUCCGAAAACGGGCAUACAUCAUCUGCACCAAAGCAGUGGUGUGUCUCUGCCUCGCAUUCAUAGCAUACCAGAUCUACCUCGCCACCACGCACCACACCAACACACACUACGACGUCCUCGGCGUCCCCAUCAAUGCCACCGCCACCGAGCUCCGCAGCGCCUACCGCAACCAGUCGCGCCUCACGCAGCCGGACAAGGUGACCAAGCCCGAGGACCGCACGUCGGCGACGGAGCGGUACAUACGCGUGCAAGAGGCGUUCAACGCCUUGUCGAGCGACGAGAAGAGGUGCGUUUAUGACUGCGUGAUCCCGAAUCGCGGGAGCCGGAGCCAGUGCAGGACUGAAUGCUCGCUUGCGCAGGCGGGGAGGGAGGGGGAGGAGAUGGCCGUGGCACCUAAGAACAAGAACGAGGAGAUGGCCAGGGCAUUUGGGAACAAGAACAAGACCGAAGAGAAAAAGUUGAGGAGGGCGAAGAAGGAAAAGAAAGACAGAAUGGCGCAGGAAGUCGUACAGGAGGUUGUAAAAGAGAAGGAAAAGAAGCAAAAGCAGGAAAAUGAGGCGCUGCAGCGGAAGAACAUGACGGGGCAGACUUCGCACGCAACGGCUGCUGUUUUGGUUGUGUUGGAGAGUGUGGCCGUUUGGCAGAUCGUCAAAGAGGGAUCUACGGCAUCUAGGGCCGGCUGGCUUGUUUUGCAGGUCGUCAUAAUGGCUGUGGCGACUUGCAAGUAUAUCAGCGGUUCCGCUUGA